AUGCAAGAGUCCACACCCGAUCCAUAUCGACACCUGUCAUUCUUGUCACCGGAUGAAACACAAGGGCUGUACGCGCUGACGUCUCUUCACAAGUGGAAGCACAAGCCCGUCCAUCCAAACCAAGACUCGGACGGUGAUUCGGACGAUGCAAACGAAGAAGACUCCCCCAUACCCACUGGCAGCAAGAGAAAGCGUGCGAAGCGAGCAAUCGGGGAAGAGCUAGACCCCCAAAGCGACAAGAAGGCGUUGUCUACCCCUCGACGUAUCGACACGAAUGUUGUGAUCCUCAAACAGCCCCCGUCCGAGUGGUACUGGUGCGACGACCAUUCUGCCAUGGAGUUUUACAUGCACGUUGGCUUGGUUGCAUCAGAUAACCACUGUGAACUGCUUCCCUUGGAGAUGAAUGCGUUUGGUCUAUGGCUCAUGAACGAAGAUGGCAACGGGGUAUUUGGACACUUCAAGCUGCACUGGACAUCCCAAGAAUGCGCGACAUCCAACGUUAUGAAGUUGCAUGUAUCGUUGGCAGUGGACACGCACGACCUUCCCACGCAAGACGAUCAGAUUAUUCGCAUUCACAUUUCGUAUUCGAACUCCGAGCUAUACAACGCGCACCCCAUGGAAUCGGACGACAUUUCCGUGCGACCCCAUCAGCUGUACGCGACUGUCAUGUCCCCCAUAUCAGCCACCCUCUCUGACAGUGAGCCUUCGCUUACUGCCAGUUCCCCUUGUGAUCCUCUUUCCGAUCUCUCGUUCAUCCUGCCCCUCCCGCACGAAUUACCCUCGACGUCGAUCAUGUUGGGAGUGUUUGCCACUGCCCCCGCAGAUUUCGUCGUGAACUGGGCCAGCGGGGCUGCUUCCCUCCUCCGCGCGAUAGAGUCCAUACCUGUAGCUGGCACGCUCCUCAAUCAGUGCCCCAUGUGUCAAUGCACGCAGUCGUUAGAGCUUCCUAUGAUCCACAGCACCACGUGUUCGCUCAAGGAAUUGCUGCUUCGACUCGCACAGCAAUCAUGGCCUUCGAUGGAUGGUGCCGAUCUGGACGAAAGCGACGACUUGGCCUGGCAUCACUCCCUCGUAUGUUUGUCGCCCGAGUUUCCUUCAGCCACGAUGCCCCAAGGCAGCUGGUCGCUGUUGCCUCAAGAUCUGAGCUCUUUGAGCCUCGACAGUGAAGACACGAUGACCGACAACGUUGAAGACAAAACCGCCGAUCCAUAGUUAACGAUGAUAUCCUUGCAAUCAACAUCGAAACAGUACAUUCAUAUUACUGACACGACGGACGUGUACUUGGCUCGAGAAGGAAAUCCUUGAGAAUGUACAUGACGGUGCUGUAGCCAUCGCAGCGUAGGGAUGCAAACCCGCGAGCGGUGAGGUGGCGGGCCAUGAAAAGCAGUCGGUUGACCCAGUUUUGUAGCCCUGGAGUUCAUUGACGAUUGAGAAGUAGGGAAAUGCUAGCGAACUAACCUUGUUUUCGGCAGCGAAUGAGAAGGGAAUGCCAUCCAGGCACCGUUUGCACCAGUACUUUGGGCCAUCGCUUUGGGAAUGGAAACGACACAAAGAAGUUGAACAUGCAUUUGCAAAAUUCGCAGGAUUGGUCGCGAUGGGCGUCGAGGACGGAGGUGAUAAGAGACAGACGGAGGGUUCGACAGUCAGAGUAUCGAUGCUGGACUUGAUAAUGUGGUUGUCUGGAGGUCCAGUGGUCAUAAAUACCAAGUUCCGCCACCGCAAGAUACACGUCCAUCGAGUAGGCCACUGUAGAUAGUCGCCGAGCAUCGGCACAUUUGACAAUCUUGUGCGAAUCAAUGUGGACGUGCUCGAUGUCGUUGAGAGCCACGGCGUACUUGGACCAAAGCGUGGUCACGCGUCCUAUGAUGGAGCUGCGUUCCGUGGACUGGAGUGAUCGUGAGAUUGAUCUGCAGCUCGACAUGAGGCUAUCGUUGCGGCACGUGGCACCAUCAUGACUCAUGCAUUGAUUGUCCGUGGUGUAGCUGUCGACUUCGUGUGCAUCGUCGUCCAUUAGUUUUGAGGUUUGAGGUGGCAUUUGCUUGUUAUUCG